CUGUUAACGGAGACGACGGCGCGGCCACACGCACGCCGCAUUCGCCACCUCCGCCGAAAGCGAAAAAGCCGGACGCUCUCCACGGAGGAGCUAGGCCAGGAUGCCGAGCACGGCCGGACCCGGAGCGUCCACGCAGGCGUCCACGCGGGCCUCCCGCGAGCCGCCGACACAGUGAACACGCUCGUGUCGUCGCCCCCCCCCAGCUGCGCGCGACGGGGCGGUGAUGCCCGCGAACCGGGCUCAGACACGCCGGGGGUUCCAGUCCAGCCGCAGGGCCACCGCCAGCCUGUUUACCCGCUGAAUCCAGGACAAGCCCCCCCACCCCGGAGAGGCAACAUGGGGUUCCUGCACCAGCUCCAUCUCCUCCUGUGGAAGAACAUCUCCCUGAAGAAAAGAGGACCGUGGGUGCUGGCCUUUGAGAUCUUCAUCCCGCUUGUCCUCUUCUUCAUCCUCUUGGGUUUGAGGCAGAAGAAGCCAGCCAUCCCUGUCAAAGAAGCUUUCUACAGCGCCGCGCCGCUCACCUCGGCUGGCAUCAUUCCCAUAAUGCAGUCCCUGUGCCCCGACGGACAAAGGGACGAGUUCGGCUUCCUGCAGUACAAGAACUCCACAGUGACCCAGCUGCUGGAGCGGCUCAGUGAAGUAGUUGAACAGAACCGGUACUUCAUGUCUGACCGGCCCGGUUUAGGCCGAGAGCUGGAGACCCUGCAGCAACACCUGGACAGCAUCAGCUCCACGCCUCUACCACCAGACCAGAGCUUCAACAAGAGUCAAGGCUUCACACUGGCCAGCGUGCUAAAGAACCAGUCAGUUUUCCAACAGUUCCUGGUCAGCAACCUGUCCCUGUCCAACUCUACAGCCAGCAUGCUGCUCACCGCUCCGGUCAGCCUCAGCAAGGUUUAUAAUCUCAUCAUUGGCACAUCCCUCAGAGAUAAUCCACAGGCCCAAAAUAUAGUUCGUGGGGUGAAAGAAACCAAACCAGAGUCUGGAGACGAGGUUCUUCAGGUAAAGGGGCUCCUCCUGACCGGAUCCAUGCUGGAGCUCCUCACCUGCGGGGAGAGCGGCGGCGGCGAGCUGGGGAAGAUCCUGCUGGUCUCGGAGAAGCAGCGGCCGGCCCUGCAGGCCUACAACCGGGCGGUGUGCGGCGGAGAAGGGGGUCAGAGGUCAGAGCGCUUCAGGCAGCUGAGUGAGGAACUGAGAGAGCAGAUCAACACACACAGUGUCUCCGAGAAGCUCCAUCUGGAGCAGCCCAACUGGCUGGCCCCUCUCUCCCUGCCCCACCUCAGGGGGCUGCUGAAGGACCUGGGAGAUGUGGAGAGGCUCCUGAAAGAGGUGGACCUGCUGUCCAGCCUGGCCCGGCUAUUGCCAAAAGGGGCCUGCUCUGGGAAAAAAGCAGCACCCCCCACGAACGCCACCUGGUCCUUCAACGCCACUUCAUGGGGCCUUAACACGACUGACAUUCCCGGAGAGGAGGGGGACGGAGGAGGAGAGAAGAGCAAAAAAGGGAAGGAGGAAGCAGAGAACCCCCAUUCUCAGUUUUCGGCGUUUGUCCAGCUGUGGGCUGGACUGCAGCCCAUUCUGUGUGGAAACAACAGGAUUAUUGAGCCUGAAGCUUUGAAGCAGGGGAAUAUGAGCUCUCUGGGAUUCACCAGCAAAGAGCAGAGGAACCUGGGUCUUCUGGUUCACUUGAUGACAACAAACCCUAAGAUCCUGUACUCUCCCAUCGGCUCGCAGGUGGACAAAGUGAUUCAAAAGGCACGUUGCAGCACAGUUCAUGUGUUCCAGACACAGAGUAACAAAGCCAACGAGACGUUUGCAUUUGUGGGAAACGUGACGCAUUACACCCGGGUUUGGCUAAACAUCUCUGCCCAGCUCAGGACUUUCCUGGAAGAGGGCCGACUUCAGAGUCACCUGAUGUGGCUGCAGCAGCUCUCCUUGGAGCUGCAGCAGCACCCUGGGCUUUGGAACAGCAGCGACAGCGAGCUGAUGCAGUGUCUGAUGGAGGGAAACUACACCCUGCCCAACACCUCCACCCUUCUGGAGCAGCUGGAUACCAUCGACAAUGCUGCCUGCGGCUGGUCCCGCUUUAUGUCUAAGGUGAGCGUGGAUGUCUUCAAAGGCUUUCCAGAUGAGGACAGCAUAGUCAACUAUACCCUGAACCAGGCCUACCAUGACAACGUGUCUGUGUUUGCCAGUGUGAUUUUCCAGACUAACAAAGACGGGUCGUUGCCACCUCAUGUUCUUUACAAAAUAAGACAGAACUCCAGCUUCACCGAGAAGACGAAUGAAAUAAGAAGGGCAUACUGGCGUCCUGGACCAAACUCUGGGGGAAAAUUCUACUUUCUCUAUGGUUUUGUGUGGAUUCAAGAUAUGAUAGAGAGAGCCAUCAUCAACUCUUUUGUGGGUCACGACGUGGUGGAGCCUGGUAACUACGUCCAGAUGUUCCCCUACCCAUGCUACACCAGAGAUGACUUUCUUUUUGUGAUCGAGCACAUGAUGCCCCUGUGCAUGGUGAUAUCCUGGGUUUACUCGGUAGCCAUGAUGAUUCAGCACAUCGUGGCUGAGAAGGAGCACCGGCUCAAAGAGGUGAUGAAGAUGAUGGGUCUGAACAACGCAGUUCACUGGGUUGCCUGGUUCAUCACCGGUUUUGUCCAGCUCUCCAUCUCGGUCACUGCCCUCACGGCCAUUUUGAAAUACGGCCGGGUCUUACUCCACAGUGACCCUUUGAUAAUCUGGCUUUUCCUAACCAUCUAUGCCGUGGCCACCAUCAUGUUCUGCUUUUUAGUGUCUGUAAUCUACUCCAAAGCGAAACUGGCUUCAGCUUGUGGAGGAAUCAUCUACUUUCUCAGCUAUGUGCCCUACAUGUACGUAGCCAUUAGAGAGGAGGUCGCCCAUGAUAAGAUCACUGCCUUCGAGAAGUGCAUUGCUUCCCUCAUGUCCACCACAGCCUUUGGUCUGGGGUCAAAGUAUUUUGCGCUGUAUGAGGUCGCUGGCGUUGGGAUCCAGUGGCGGACCAUAAGCCAGUCCCCGGUAGAAGGAGACGAUUUCAACCUGGGUCUCUCUAUGAUGAUGCUCAUCAUCGACGCGGCAGUGUACGGCGUGCUCACCUGGUACAUAGAAGCUGUUCAUCCAGGUAUGUACGGGCUGCCACGGCCAUGGUACUUCCCACUGCAGAGGUCCUAUUGGUCAGGCAGCGGGCGCGUGGAGACAUGGGAUUGGCCGUGGUGGGGAGGCAGGGCUGCCAGACUCAGUGUGAUGGAGGAGGACCAGGCAUGUGCCAUGGACAUGCGGAGGUCAGAGGAGAUGCGCGGUAUCGAGGAGGAUCCGAGCCACCUGCCCCUGGUAGUUUGCAUAGACAAACUUACCAAGGUGUACAAGAAUGGCAGCAAACUGGCCCUCAACAAACUGAGUCUGAACCUCCACGAAAACCAGGUGGUUUCCUUCUUGGGACACAAUGGAGCUGGGAAGACCACUACCAUGUCCAUCCUGACAGGCUUGUUUCCCCCCACAUCUGGCUCGGCCACCAUAUACGGCCACGACAUCCGCACGGAGAUGGAGCGCAUCCGCCAGAACCUGGGCAUGUGUCCGCAGCACAACGUCCUCUUCGACAAGCUGAGCGUCGAGGAGCACCUGUGGUUCUACUCCAGGCUCAAAGGCAUGGCCGAAGAAGACAUACGGAAGGAGAUGGAGAAGUCAGUGCUUGUUCGGAUGAUUGUGGACCUGGAGUUGUCUCACAAGCGUCACAGCCUGGUGCAGACGCUGUCCGGUGGGAUGAAGAGGAAGCUGUCCGUGGCCAUCGCCUUCGUUGGGGGGUCCAGAGCCGUCAUCCUGGACGAGCCCACCGCGGGGGUGGAUCCCUAUGCUCGCAGGGCCAUCUGGGACCUCAUCCUGAAAUACAAACGAGGCCAGAGAAAUGCAGGUUUCAUAUGUGUCUCUAUUUGUUCUGUCUUUACCGUAGGCCGAACUAUUCUGCUGUCGACCCACCAUAUGGAUGAAGCAGACCUUUUGGGAGAUCGGAUCGCGAUCAUCUCGCACGGGAAGCUCAAAUGCUGUGGCUCUCCUCUGUUCCUGAAGAGCACCUAUGGAGAUGGAUACAAACUGACACUGGUCAAAAAGCAGGCUGAAGGUCGAGGCCAGGGCAGCCAGCAGCAGCCUGCCUCCUCUCUGUCCCCGUCCGCGGCUGCGCUGCCUUGCUCAGAGGCUCGGGUCACCCAGUUUAUUUGCCAGUUUGUGGCGUCCUGCCUGCUGGUGUCCGACUCCAACACGGAGCUGUCCUACAUCCUGCCCUCCGAGGCCGUCAAGAAGGGCUGCUUUGAAAGGCUGUUCCAGGCUUUGGAGCAGAACCUCACCAGCCUGGCACUAACCAGUUUCGGCGUGAUGGACACCACCCUGGAGGAGGUGUUCCUCAAAGUAUCGGAGGAAGACCACUCUAUAGAAAACAGCGAUGCCGAUGGGAAGGGUUCGCCGGGGGGAAGCUCGGUAGGGAAGUCCUCGGUGGGUUCGGAGACCCAGGCGGAACCACUGGCAGAGGGAGAUGCCAACGAGGAAAACGAGAACCCGGAAGUGGAGUCCAGCAGUUUACUGUCAUCUUCCAAGCUGAGCCAGAGCCAGUCCUCACUCAAAUCCUCCUCAUCCGUCGGCUCAGUGAGAGGGGACGAGGGAGGGCUUUAUUCAGACUUCUAUGGAGAUUACUGUCCACUUUUUGACAACUAUGAAGAGCCGGACUCUGCUACCGCCAGAGGUGAUGAGGAAAGUUCCUCAUCCCCACCGCUCCCAGCCCUGGACGAGCAGGGCAGCCUCCGGCUGGAGGGUUGGUGGCUAAAACUGAGUCAGUUCCACGGUCUCAUCAUCAAGAGGUUCCACUGUGCCAAGCGGAACACCAAGGGCCUUUUCUCCCAGAUCCUCCUGCCUGCUUUCUUCGUCUGUGUUGCUAUGACUGUGGCUUUAUCAGUACCUGCGAUUGGGGAUUUACCACCACUGAUCUUGUCUCCAUCUCAAUAUCAUAACUACACCCAACCCAGAGGCAACUUCAUCCCUUAUGCCAACGAAGACAGAACCCCAUACAGGAUUAUGCUUUCUCCAGAUGCCAGUCCACAAAAGAUCGUCAACACCCUCCGUCUGCCCUCAGGCGUGGGGGCGACGUGUGUCCUAAAAACCCCUUUCAACAGCACCCUGGACCAGCUGGCCCAGACCCUCAAUCCCAAUGCCAACAACUCCAAGACUCUGGCCGCCCAGUACUUCGACUCCAUGUGUCUGGACUCCUUCACCCAAGGAGUCCCCCUCUCAAACUUUGUUCCCCCUCCGCCUUCACCGGCACCAUCUGAUUACCCAGAAGCUCACUUUGAGGAUGAGCUGUGGAACUUUACAGUCGCUCCUCCAGCUACUGUCCCUGAGCCUGUUACGUCUCCUCCCAGCCUCCCUUUAUCCAUCCGUGAACCAGUGCGCUGCACCUGCUCCAUGCAGGGCACGGGCUUCUCCUGCCCCAGCGGCGUGGGGGGGCGUCCACCUGUCAUGAAAGUGGUGACGGGGGACAUCUUGGUGGACAUCACGGGGAGAAACGUCUCGGAAUAUCUGCUCUUCACAUCGGACAGGUUGCGGCUGCACAGAUAUGGCUGUCUGACAGUGGGGAAUAUUCAGAAAUCAGUGCCCGCGUCCUUCGGCAUAAAGAUUCCCCCCAUGGUCCGCAAGAUAGCCGUUCGCAGAUCUGCCCAGGUAAGAGAGGCCCCGCGCCCGAAGCCGACAGCUGCCGUGCAACAUGUCUCUGACAGAGCCACCUCCUGCAUCCAGGUGCUGCUCCAGGGCACUGACGUGGUGAUCGCCAUCUUCAUUAUCGUGGCCAUGUCCUUUGUACCUGCCAGCUUUGUGGUUUUCCUGGUGGCAGAGAAAUCCACCAAGGCCAAACACCUGCAGUUUGUGAGUGGCUGUGACCCGGUCAUAUACUGGCUGGCCAACUACAUCUGGGAUAUGCUGAAUUACCUGGUACCUGCCACAUGCUGCGUUAUUAUUCUUUUUGUGUUUGACCUGCCAGCCUACACCUCCCGAACCAACUUCCCAGCUGUCCUCUCGCUUUUUCUGCUCUAUGGAUGGUCCAUAACUCCCAUCAUGUAUCCAGCCUCGUUCUGGUUUGAAGUCCCCAGUACAGCCUAUGUGUUCCUGAUAGUCAUCAACCUGUUCAUUGGCAUCACAGCGACUGUCGCCACAUUCCUCCUUCAGCUCUUUGAACACGACAAGGAUCUGAAAAAUGUGAACAGCUACCUGAAAACCUGUUUCCUCAUUUUCCCCAACUAUAACCUGGGUCAUGGCCUGAUGGAGAUGGCUUACAACGAGUACCUCAACGAGUACUACGCCAAAAUAGGACAGUUCGACAAGAUAAAAUCUCCAUUUGAAUGGGACAUUGUGACUCAAGGACUUGUUGCCAUGGCGAUUGAAGGCUUCAUUGGCUUCCUCAUCACCAUCCUCUGCCAGUACAACUUCCUCAGGAAACCGCCGAUGGAGCAGGUGGUGGAGGUCCUGGGCAUCGAGGACUAUUCCGUCAGCCAGACCACCCUGGACAACAUGAGGUUAAUUACCUGUUUUUUUCUGGUUUUCUCCACCCAGGUGUUUGUCAACUUCGCCAAAAAGCAGAGCGACAACCUGGACACGCAGGUGCUGCUGCCCGCGGGGGGGGAGCAGUCCCCCUUCAGCUGCAUCCUCAACCUCCUGAAGCCCAGGCCCCCCGUCACCGAGCUCAACAGCCUGAUCAGCGAGGCCUCGGAGGAGCUGGAAACCGACGACGACGAAGGCCUGAUCAGCUUUGAGGAAGAACGGGUGAGUGGACCUUUUCCUCUCAGGCUGGAGGAGCUGUAG